AUGGAUUUCAAGAAUAUUCAGACAACUGGAUGUGGAUCUACUUCUUCCUCCGAUUCAUUUCGACUUCGGAUGAAAGAAGCCGGCGGAAGCGACGAAGUUCGCAAAAGGCGAGUUAAUACACCUCGACCUACUAGCACUGAUCAGAAAUCAUCUAAUUUCCCACAACCUAAUCUGGUUUUGGCAAGGGAUGAUUUGUACGAAAUUGAAGAUUUCGAACUUAUUGCUAAAUUGAAAGUAAGACAUUCGGCAAUAGAUUUGUCAAAAUAUGUCAUCACAGGAGCCCAGAAGAACGAUACCAUGACAUUAUACAAAAAUAGACUAACAGGAGAAAACAGAAAUAUGGUAGAAGACAUUCUGGCAGAGAUUUUCAACAACCUAAAUUUGUCUGGUGACAUUCCAGAAGAUUUAGACUUUGAUUUCUCUGCCAGAAUAGGGGAACUACAUCACAAGAAAGUCAAGAAACCCUCUAAGAUGCGAAAGAUCGGAGCAGCCUUACGUCGAGUAAGAAACAGCAUAUUUCGUCCGUUUGCAUCUUGUUUUAAAUCAUCUUAAAUAACCACUGUAUUUUUCAUCAACUCUGCAUUAUAUAUAUAAAGUUAUUUUUGAAAGUAUCCACAAAAAGUUAUUUUUGAAAGUAUCUAUAAAAAGUUAUUUUCGAAAGUAUCCACAAAAAGUUAUUUUUGAUGGUAUCUAUAUAAAGUUAUUUUUGAUAGUAUCUACACAAGUCUUUUUUGGCAGUAUCAAUAAAAAGUUAUUUUUGAAAGUAUCUAUACAAAGUUAUUUUUGACAGUAUCUAUAUUAUAUACUAUAUAUGUUAUAGUUGUUAUUAUUAUAUCAAACUGUCAAUAUAUAAGUUAUUAAAUAUAUUAUAUAUUC